UUGCGACAAAAUAUCAAUGACUAAAGCGUAAUUAUAAUAGGUGUAUUAUAAAAUAUAAAUAUAUACGUCUUUGUUUGAUUAGAACACUUUUCAAGAACAAUUGUGCAACACACUGGAUUCGCAACUAAUAUUUAAUCAGAAACAGAAAUAGGGUCGAAGUUAUUUAUCAGGGAAAAAAAUGCUUUUUACAGCUUUAUUAAUUUGUCUAUUUUAUGGCUCUGAGAUUGAAGCAACCAGGGAGGACUUGACAAUGUUGUCUGUAGAUAAUAAUCUUCAAAAGAUCACGUCUGCUCUUACAGAAAUACGACUAGAGCUGAAAACUUUGAAUCGCAAACCAAAAUCUUGCGAAGAUAUCUACACAGAUGACAAUCUAAGUCCAAGCGGAGAUUAUGUUAUUUAUCCAUUGCAAAAGGCUGUUAGAGUAUACUGUUCGUUCGAGGGCGACUAUGGAUACACAUUCAUUUCAAGAAAAUCCUCAGGGGUUGCUUUCGAUAUUGCAAAACUUUAUUCUACAAAUAAAUUUGCAAAAAUACGUCUUCUUAAGUCAAACGGAGAGCAGAGGGAAGUUAAAGUUGAAAAUUUGCUAGCCUACCAGCACCAGUCUUCUCUAUCUUUCCAAUCAAAUACUCAUCAAUUGUAUCAAGGACCAACGUUUUUAACUUCACAACUUCAUCCAUAUUUAUUUCUCGGUUUUCUGCCUAUAAACUUAGCUCAAAAUCGUAACAUACAGGGAUAUACAGCUGCAGGAAAGGACUUUACAUUCCGAAACUGUGAUUCCAACCCCAACAGUUAUAUAACAUUUUUAUUCGAUCCCAAACAUGGCACAAUCGGGAACGGACAUCCUCCGAAUGCUUUUAUGAACGGCUGGAUCUCCUCUUCAGCAGUUAUGGAAUAUCCUAAGUAUAUGGACGAAAGUUUUUACAUGGACUGGGAGAUGCAUAUGGGCGGCUGUGGAGGGUUAAUGAAUUCUAAAGUACAAAGCAUUAAAGCUGCUUUAGGUUUACCGUUUGGUUCAACAAGAUGGGACGUAAGACAUGGAUAAAUUGCGGGAAAUUUGGACUGCAACUGGAAAACAAUGGUGUCACUAUGGUGGAUAAGGACCGAAAUUUUGCCUUGCAACAGGACAUCUACGGAUCCCUCAAAAAGAUGUUACGAGGAUUCUUUAACAUGCAAAAACUCAUAAGAAAUAAUAAAGAUGUAUGGUUUCCGUGGUGUAUUUGUUUCUGUAUUUUAAUUGCUUGUCAAUUCAAAGCAGAUUCAAUUGAAAAUAUUCCUUGCUUCUUACUUUUUUCAUAUUUUUUUAUAUAAGAAGUUGUAUUUUGUGGCCUUUUUAAUUUGAU